GAUGACGGUGGUGAAGGUGGUGAUGGUGGCGAUGGGGAUGGUGAUGAUGCUGAUGGUGGCGGUGAGAAUGGUGGUGAUGCUGAUGGUGGCGGUGGGGAUGGUGGUGAUGCUGAUGGUGGCGAUGGUGAUGGUGGUGAUGCUGAUGGUGGCGGUGGGGAUGAUGGUGAUGCUGAUGGUGGCAGUGGGAAUGGUAGUGAUGCUGAUGGUGGUAGUGGGAAUGGUGGUGGUUCUGAUGAUGGCGGUGGGGAUGGUGGUGAUGGUGGUGAUACUGAUGAUGGUGGUGAUGCUGAUGGUGGGGAUGGUGGUGAUGUUGAUGGUGGUAGUGGGGAUGGUGGUGGUGUUGAUGAUGGCGGUGGGGAUGGUGAUGAUGCUGACGGUGGCGGUGGGGAUGGUGGUGAUGCUGAUGGUGGCGGUGGAGAUGGUGGUGAUGUUGAUGGUGGCGGUGGGGAUGGUGGCGAUGCUGAUGGUGCCGGUGCUGAUGGUGGCGGUGGGCAUGGUGGUGAUGCUGAUGGCGGUGGAGAUGGUUAUGAUGCCGAUGGUGGCGGUGGAGAUGGUGGUGAUGCUGAUGGUGGCGGUGGGGAUGGUGGCGACGCUGAUGGUACCGGUGCAGAUGGUGGCGGCGAAGGAGGCGAAGGUGGCACCGGCUCCUCCGAGACGCUUUCUGGCUGUGUGUACGAUAUGCCCUGA